AUGACAACACUUUGUGGAACAAAAGCACAUACGAGGCUGGAAAAAGUGAGAGCGAAACGUCGAAAAGACUACGAUACAGCAGAGGGUCUCUACGACUUUUUGAGAAACGCGAUUGACCAAAAAGUCUCAGACGACCAAUAUGAGAAUGUUGUGAUGAUGGAAGUACAGAAGAUUGAUACUGAGAAAAAAGAAGUGGUGGAUAUUAUUCUGAGUAUAGUGAUGGGGUUUGUAGUUGACGAAGAGUCUGCAGACAAACUGGUGGACUUUGGGUUUGUCAAAAAAGUUGGGAAAAUGAUAUUUUUGACGCCACAGAUUCAAGAGAAGAUCGUGAGCAUCUUGACAUUAGCGUGUCGAAGUGAGAAAUUUUCAAAAGAAGUACUUGAAAAAAAAGUUCAAAAGAAAAUCAUAUCGUCGUUCGACUUUCAUUCGUCUGUGUUCAAUUACCAAUUGUGCUCCGAGUUUUGUAAAGUGUUAUUGUCACACAAGAACUUACUGAACCAGUCACAAAUAGACGAAGUCAGAAAUUUUUAUUUAAAAGCGAUUUGCUCCAAAUCAACUUCAGUCGUACAGGAUGGCCUGUUCAAUUUCUAUUACUUUACAACGAAUCUCCUCUUUACAUUGGUCCCCACUGAUGUGUUCCUGAAACGGAUAUCGCAGCUUACUCACCACAAGAAUAAGGCUCUGUCGACGCUGGCCCUUAACUUCUCUGGCUUUUAUCAGAUCGAAUAUUGA